GUCCCAACCAGACCCCCCUAAAAAAAAACUGUCGAAAACAGAGAGAAACAACCUAGGAAGAAGAAAGAGAAGCGCAGAGAGAAAGGAAGUAUCUGUGAUCAAUGGGUGAAGUGGUGAUAUAUGUGGAGAAUUAUGGGUACGAACCAGGGAGUGAAGCUAUAUGUUUUUGUAGAAUCUGCCAUGAAGCAGAGUUUGAAAGCUCCAACUCCAUGGAAGCUCCUUGCGGAUGUUCUGGAACCGUUAAGUUUGCGCAUAGAGAUUGCAUACAGAGAUGGUGCAAUGAAAAGGGAAACACAAUCUGUGAAAUUUGUUUACAGAAAUAUGAGGGUGGCUACACGGCUCCACCGCCUAAAAUGGUCCACUUGGUUGAUGCAACAACAACAACUGUGACAAUUAGGGGGAGAUUAGAGAUUCCAAUCAUAGAUGCGGAUGAAGAAAAUGGACAAGACCACCAAACCACAAAUUAUUCGCAGUGCUCAUCAGCUGGACAUCGCACCAGGACUGCCUCUUGCUGUAGAUCAAUGGCCCUCAUUUUCACAUUCUUGCUUCUGGUAAGACAUGUGUACGAGUUGGUGGGUGAAGGACCAAAAGAUUAUCCCUUUUCACUCUCCACGAUUUUGAUUUUAAAGGCCAGCGGUAUAUUCCUGCCAAUGUAUGUGCUUGUCCGAAUAGUCACCCUAAUCCAGAACACUAUCCAACACCAACACUCGUACUUGGAUUCUGAAGACAGAUAGCUAUGGUUUUACACGCUGUCAAUAAGAAGAAUAUAUGAAGUGAAUUUUAGUGGAUCGGAUAUAUGAUUGUUUCAUUUGUAGCUUUAAUUAUAUACUGGAGCACAAUGUUUAGUGCUCCGAUCCUCCAUCUCCAUUCAAUAUUCAAGGUGUGUUAUUCAUUUGUUAUCUAAUAGUUAAUCUUUUUUUUUUUUUUUUCCAUUCAUCAUCAUAUUGUAAUUAUUAUUUUAGAUUGUAAUAACAAUAAACAUAUCUGAGUAUCUAUUGAAUA